AGUCGUAUCUCGUCUGUGUCUCGCACCGGUCGUUAUCCGACGUGCUAUCCGAUUUAACACGGCGUGCUGUUGAAAGUAAAAUAGACGCGCUUAAAACAUGGCAGUUAAAUAAAAUUAAAAUUUGUUAAACAUGCCACAGUUUCUUGUUUUAUAAUUACUAGAUAUGUAUCAAGGAUGCCCUGGAAAUGUUUUUGGGGAUACGAACCUCCUGCGCCUUCGUGCAGAGUGAGCAGACCCUUGAAUUUAAUUUUGCAGAAACAAGGUGUGGCGCAGGCGCAUGCGUUUCGCAGCAAAUCUUUCCGUAAGCCGAGGCCCUGCCAGUGGUGCCAUCAGCCUCUCCACACGCAAGGAUCGUGCUGUAGAGUGUGCAAAUAUGUCUGUCACACCACAUGUGAGAGCAAGGUAUCGGGUGCGGUGGAACUGUCCGAUCCAGCAAAUGCUGAACAGUUAUUAGCACAUCUACAGAAUACGGACAGAGCAAGAUUUUCAGACACGAGCUGGCAAAUUCAUCGAACAUGGGCACGGAAUGGCGAUCCGCUCCCGCUGUCGCCACCGCCCGGGCGUGCGGUGCCCGCUCCGCUUCCCGCCGGCGUUGCCGCUUCAGCGAUGCAACCUCUACGGUCCGAUCAAAACAGCAUCUACGAUACUAUAACGACACGAGCUGUGAGUGCGCCGGCCACUCCAGCGACCUCUGCUUUUACCAGAGAACAGUCGGGUCCUCGGUCCGCAAGUUACCCCGGCAGCGGUGGAUCUCGCCUAGACUUGUGCUACGUUGCGGAACGUAUGCUGGCAUUACAUCUCCCGGAACGGGAUGCCCAUGCGGAAGCACAAGCUGCGCAUAUGCUCACCAACAAGCAUGGAGACCACUUUAUGAUAUUCGAAGUGAGCAGUGGUGAUGGCAGCGGAGACGGACGGAUAGCACGGAGUGUAUUCGGGCGAGCUAAAUCUUUAGGUUGGGCAGGAGCACUGGCGCCACCUCUCGAGCGAUUGUGUGCAGCCUGCAAACAUAUAGAAAGUUGGCUUGCUGCUCAUCCAAAGAAUGUCGCCAUUUUAUUAGCAUGGGGUAACAGAGAGAGGUUAGGUGUACUAGUUGCAGCCUAUAUGCAUUACUCAGCUAUAUGCGGUGCGCCUGAGCAUGCUCUAGACCGAUAUGCCAUGCGGAGGUACCUUGAUGACCGAGUGCCGGUUUUCCAGUUACCCUCAAAUAAACGAUACAUAGAUACGUUUGCCGGUCUCCUAGCUGGUCAGAUCAGAGUGAACGCUUCUCCACUUCAUUUGACGCACGUGAGCGUGGCAGGCUCCCUCGCCUCUCCAGCCUCUCCUACUAUUGCCUUCUUAAAAAUAUACGAAAACUUCGCAUGCGUUUACACAUCAGGUUUAUACAUGGUGAAUGGUGGUGGAUGGACGGUGGGUGUAGGACGGCUAGCGUUACGCGGAGAUGUCCUAGUGAGAGCGUACAGAAGGCCCGCGCAUGUCAACGCAUCGCAUAGGAAUUUGGUCUUCGCAUGCCAGUUCCACACAUGCGCAGUGGCAGACCACACACUAUCUUUCACUAAGCAACAACUUGACCACGCUGCCCACGAUCCGUCGUUCCCGAGCGACGGUGCAGUAGAGCUAGUAUUUGCAAGAGGAGAAGGUUCAGGGGGUGCAGCCCCUGCCCCCACGCCCGCCGCUCCCCUCCGCGCUGCUCCCGACGCAUUAGCUAGAGCCGAUUCUUUGGAACAUCUAAGGCCACUCUCUACACUAACUGAUGAUGACCCUGGCGAAAACAACGGCAGUGCUGAAGGUUCAGGAUCGGGGGGUGAGGCCGGAGAAGGCGCAGAAGCGUCUCACACGUUUGGUCCCCUGGACGGAUCGAUAUACGCGACCGUGGUUCGCGCCGGGGGACCGGGCUCACCGUUGAGCGCUUCCAUGGACUCUGGCAUAUCAUCAGCGGGACGCCGCGCCGCCCCCAGUCCGCCGGACGAGCUCGACGCGCUGCUCGGCGACAUGUUGCGAACAGUGAGCGCGCUGCCCGACCCGCCGGCGCAGUCGAGCGUCGACACCACACCCGACAUACCGUACCACGCGCGCACCGACUCCGCGCCGUUCACAUACGGAGCGCCCGGCCUCCGCCCCGGAAUGCUACGUACUCCGAACCGUCUCGCUAGUCCGGAACUGGUCCGCCGUGCGCUUGGCGGCAAUCGAUCCUAUCGACCCAUCGAAGAUGAUGACGAUGAGCGCACCGCAACCCCUGAACCGUCUCCUCGGACCCCGUUAUCACCACGAACGAUAAGAAAACUCACCCACGAAGAUGUCACCACCACAGCUACGACCGUGCCACAAAGUACAACUAUAAGCAACGGAAAAUGGCUUAAUGGCGAGACGGAGUGGGCGGAGAGGCCACCGAGCAGCGCGCGAAAAACGCCCGAGAAUGGGACCUGGAGAUCAGCUAGCACAUUAGGAUGGCAAGAAACGACACGAGCAAGGGAACCAAGACGAUCAGAUAGUGCCAUAGAGGGACUCACGGGUCUCACUUGGUUACAAAGGCAGCAACAGAAGCUUAGAGAGCGGAAAGAAGCUAGAGAAAGAGUAGCAAGGUUACCCUUAGAAUGGGAUACUGCUCCUUCUCGGCACGUGCGACGAUCAGCCAGUCACAGAGUGGACGGUUAUACUAGUGACACAACGGCAUUUGCAGACGAUGAUGACGACUUUAGUGUACCAUUGCACGUCAACACGAGAACUGCCCUCAGGACAGACAGUAUCAGUCCUCAAGCACCUGACAGAACCUCAUCUAGAAAAUUCAUGUAUGAAAAGAUGACGAUGCGUGAAUGGAGUACAAGCACCACACCAACUAGUACUCAAGCGCCUGGCUUACUGUCAUUAGCUGAACCCAUCACUAAUGGAGAAAAUAUUGUGCGAGAGCGAUCAGAAAGUUGGUCGCGAUCAGAGUCGCGCGCGGGCACGCCAGCGUUCCCGACGCACCCGCGCACACCGUACCCCCCCACUCCAACACCUUCGCUCAGCGCCCGCCCGCCGCGCUCGCCGCCAGUCACCAGGAAAGAGCGCGAAGGCAGCCCUGAGUCGGAGUAUAGGACUUACAACGGCAGCUGCGGGUCGCGGCGCUCGAGUCUCGGUGGUAACGCGGAGCCGCAACACGUCGCACCAGAUCGAGUGCGUUUCGCACGCGACACCAGCCACUACUGGUACAAGCCCAACAUAUCGCGCGACGACGCGGUGGCAGCCCUCCAGCCGUUAGAGGAAGGUUCGUUUAUAGUGCGCGAUUCAAAUUCAUUCCCGGGCGGAUUCGGUCUAGCGGUGCGCGCUGGUCCAGUGGGGGCAGUCCGGCAUUUCCUCGUCGAGCCGACGGCUAAAGGCGUACGGUUACGCGGCUGCCCCGAUGAGCCCGUAUUCGGCUCACUAUCGGCUUUGGUUUACCAACACACUGUUACGCCUCUAGCGCUACCCGUCCCACUGAAACUACCCGACAGAGACCCGUGGUCUGGCGGCGGCGCCAAUGCAGCGGCGCGGGCGCUGCUAGCUACAGGUGCGGCGUGUCACGUGCUCUUACUCGGUUCUGAAAACACUGAAGCUCUCACUGGACCCGCGGCUGUUAAACGAGCCGUUCAAAAUCUACUAAUAAAAAAGGUACCAGCGCACGUGGUACACUUCAAAGUAUUCGGCGGCGGUAUCACCUUAACGGAUGCGGCGCGUAAGCUGUUCUUCCGGCGGCAUUAUCCGGCAAAUGGCGUAUCGUAUGCCGGACUGGACCCUGAUGACCGCCGGUACACUUACACUGACAACGGCACGCAGACGGAAAAACGCAUCUUCGCAUUUGUGGCGCGAUCAUCUUCUGGUGCCGAUAACCAAUGCCACGUAUUCGCCGAGCUAGAACCAGAACAACCAGCUACCGCCAUAGUCAACUUCGUCAAUAAGGCUCUUCUCGGGAACACACAGAAAAGAGACAUCAUAUAGAACGAGCUCGAUCAUUAUACAAAUACUCAUGGCAAAAGUGUAUAACACGCCUAAUGUGAAGGGCCGUGAAUAAUAUGAAUGUUAUGAUUAAAUACAUAUUACGAUGAAUUAUUUUUCGAUGUAAUUUCUUUUCAAUACGCUUCAUUUUCACCAAGUACAAUUAACCAUUUAUAUAAUGUAAGAGUCGAUAAUGGAAUAUUACCUACAUUAAUAUAGAUUAAAGGAGAAACUAACUAGUCUCAUAUUUAAUUAAUACUUAGAAUAGUGAUAUAAGCGUGCCUAAAAUAGAGUACAUCAGUAAAAUACAUUACAACGACGGCGACAAAAAAAUAAGUCAAUUAUCCAUUGUAUGGCUUUGUACGAACAUGUAUUUAAUGCACCGAGCUAAAAGAAUAUAUUAUAUUCACUAUAAUGUUUUAAUAGUACAACGAAUUAUGGGUUUGAUUACAAGAAUAAUGUACCGACCUACUACUUUAUAUAAGAUACAAGCCAGUGGAUUACAAGAUAUCAAAUUAUUAUACAAUAAAAUAAAUUGAGUGUCAAGAUCAGUUAUUUGUAACAACGAUGGUCGAAAACAAUUAAUAAUUGCAGCUAGGUUUAGGUUUAUGUGUAUAAAUUAUUUAAUAUUUGUUAGGGUUAACUAGAACCAUAGGGAAAAUGCCUUAACAGUGAUCUUUGUUACAGAAUAUUAUAAUAAAAUAUAUUUGAAUGUGUCUGGUGACAUAAGAUAAUUUAAUAUAACACAUCUAUUGUAAUAAAUAACUGUUUAAAAUGUAUUUAUUGGUUAUAUACUAUUACAUUCAUGAGGUCAUU